UCCGCUGAAAAAUCUAUCUAUCUGAUAUGAAUCAUUACUAACAAAGUCAGUUGAUGGCCACAAAAGGAAUACAGCGAAACCGUGCACCUUGCUUUGCUUUUAUGGCAUUAAUUUUUGAGUUCGAACGGUGCGCAACGGUCGUACAUAUAAUUCGAUUGAAGGUCGCGAGGAGGCGCGACAAUCGCGUGAAGUACAAGAGCCAGCAAAACAUUAACAUCAAAAACCUCUGUAGCGCAGGUCCGUAACGUUGUUUCCGUUGAACGGACGAAAUUGUAGCUACAGUGAGUGUUUGUUGUGUGAGAAAUCUACAUUGUUUAAUGUUGUGUGUGUUGAGUGUAUAACAUGAUUGUUACGAAAUAUUAAUGAAUCCCUAUUGUUACCAACUCAAAUAAUAAACAAAUACAUGAACUAAUUAUAUCAAACAAUAAUAUCGAAAACCAUCGUGGAAAGAUUGAUAUAUGUGACGUGCGUCGAAGGACAUCAUCAUCGAAUAGAAAAACGCAUUGAAGGAGUAGAACGCAUACGACAAAUGUCGAAUCGUAAUGAACUGCGCAACGACAUAGGUGUGGCGCGUAAAAGAGAGAGCGUACAUGCACGUAUACGUAGGCAUACGUGCAAUACGAGCUCCCUUGGAAUGAAUGCAACCAAGAAUUGGAUUAACUUUCCCCAGUUACAUUUACGUUUAAGAAACCGAUCGAUUCUUUCAAUGCAGUAUCAACUAUAAUAAUCUGAUCCUACUAAGUUAAUCAUCUCUACACUGUACCGCCGAGUUACAUUGGUAUUUAAGAUCAAGAUAAAUCUUGUGCUGAUCUCGGUGAAGUAAAUAUCACUGUUGGUAUUGAAAACACACCGUGUGGGUGCGUGUGCGUGAGCGUACUCGUGCCCGUGCCCGUGCCUGCGCCUAUGCGUCUCCGUUCGCCAAGUUGUGGUGAUCUUCGUAGAGGUGGCGGCGGCGGUGGUGGAGACAGUGAAGGUGGUGGCGGCGGCGGCGGCGGCGGCGGCGACGACGACGGUGGCAGCGGCAGCAGCGGUGGCGACAGUGAAGGAGACGGUGGAGGUGGUGGUGGUGGUGGCGGCGGCGGCGGCGGUGGUGGCCGCGACAACGUUUGGAGGGAGAGAUUUCGUACGUCGUGACUGAGUGAGUGAGUGAGUUGGUGCGUGUGCGUGCUACCGCGCGUAUACGCUCUCUCUCAUUCUUGGGAUCGUUCGCGUGUGUGUUGUGUAUGUAUGUGUAUAUAUAUAUAUAUAUAUUGUCGCGCGCGCGCAUUAACGGAAUUCACGAUCAGCACGCAGGGACUCUCAACAAAUGUUUAAAUGGACGCAUCGUCCAUUAUCACCCAAGUGUCGCGGGAUGACGAGCUAGGCCAAUUUAAUAAUGGGAAAGAUGCUGGAUGGAAUCUGCACCUGUUACGGGACUGCACCUCGCUCCUCACCUUACCUCACCUAACUUCUCACCUCUCACCCCUCUACUCCUCCCUUCCACUGCUAUUCGCCUAUACUUCACUUCCGACGUCUCUUUUCCUCUCGCCCUCGUUUUUGCCUGGCCUCGCCUCGUUUUGCCUCGCCUCGCCUCUUCACAAAUCGUGUCUCCUAUCCUUCUCCCCCUCUUUUUCUUUCACCUAAGUUUCGCGUGUAACUUAUUGCAUCGUGUCGUACCCAUACCUUGCCGCCGUUUUAAUUCACUUAAUCCGAUUCGUUUACUCGAUGCUCAAAUAUUGCUAGGACGAAGUCAAACAAUGUUUAAAUUAAGAUAAAAUAAAAAUGUUCCUCUCCCAUUUCUUAAAACUGUCAAAAUAUAUGUUUAUAGAAAUAUUCUACUAUCCUAAAAAUGCUCAGUUACCACAAGAGAAUGAAGUGAACAGCACCGGUUCAGCCAGUGGCAAAAAGCCAAGAGGGCGUGGGCUUCUGCGAUCUCUACUUUGUUGCCUCGGUAGAGGACGUGGAAGUAGUUCUAAAAGUUCAAAGACAAGCUCGUUACAAGGCGAUGGACAUGGUUCUCCAUCCCUAAGGACUGGAUCCCCAAGGUUCCUUCUCCCACCUGUCAGACAUCAGGAUAUGCACAAGAAGUGCAUGGUGAUUGAUUUGGAUGAAACACUAGUGCAUAGUUCUUUCAAACCAAUCAACAAUGCCGAUUUUGUUGUUCCUGUAGAGAUUGAUGGGACAGUGCAUCAAGUGUAUGUUUUAAAGAGGCCUUAUGUGGAUGAAUUCUUACAGAGAAUGGGUGAACUGUACGAGUGUGUAUUGUUCACAGCAAGUUUGGCUAAGUAUGCUGAUCCAGUAGCAGAUCUGCUUGACAGAUGGGGAGUGUUUAGAGCAAGACUGUUUAGAGAAUCUUGUGUUUAUCACAGAGGAAAUUAUGUUAAAGAUUUAAAUAAACUAGGGCGAGAUUUACAGCAAAUUAUUAUUGUUGAUAAUAGCCCUGCCAGUUACAUUUUCCAUCCAGAUAAUGCAGUACCAGUGGCAUCAUGGUUUGAUGAUAUGACAGAUUCAGAACUAUUAGAUCUAAUUCCAUUUUUCGAGAAGCUCAGUAAUGUGGAAAAUAUUUAUACAGUCUUGUGCAAUAGUAAUCAUCCUUAUAAUCAAGUACCUCCAGCUGUACAGAAUAGUCCAAGCCCAGGGUCAGGUUCACUUGGUGCUUCCUAGCCCUACCUAAAUUCUGGCCAAGUAGCCAGUAUUAUCAUCGCUCAAUGCACUCUGAGGAGAACUUUGAUUGGAAUAUUCCACAUUGCUUGCUUGUUAUGUAGCAAUGGACAACCAGGUAUGACCCACUAAGUGUUGGGUGUAUAAUGUAAGCAUACCUAUCAAAGAGUCAUCCAAAAGGAGGUGAAAAUUCUAAACCCUCCUGUAUUCAUUUUGACACAACAUGAAUCACAACUGCUUUAUCAUUGGCUUCAGUUCUUUUUCCUAAGAAAUAAUAAUAUGAUAUAACUGCUCACAGUAUAUCAGAUACAAUGAACUGAUCGUAUUUAUCUAAUUAUUAAGGUAUUUGAUGAAAGAUUAAAAAGUAGCUCAAUUGGUCAUAAACAAAUAACUCUUCCAAUCACAUUGACAUGGAAUAGAUUUCAAAUACAACUUAUUGGUUGCAUAAUGAAUUAAUGCGUGUUUCCGUGUUUGAUGUACUUGAGAAAAGGAGCAAAUGAUAACGAUAACAAUGAAUGUAAAAAGUGAAUAUGCAUUUGAAAUCGAAUAAGUACAUGUACGUGAUUUAAAUUCAUGCAGAGUAUAUAAAAAAUUAUUUGCACGAGAGAAUAAAUCAAAGUGUAGUAUUAAGUAACACUGAGAGAAAAAGAAAUAGAUUACUUAAGAGUCUUUUGAUGGGCCGUUAUAAUUUUUUCCUCUGUAUAUUCCGAUUAUUUACCGUAGUUUUGCAUUGCUUUUAACUAUGUUAUGUGUGAAACUUCAAUGAGUAUUUCUUAUAUAAUCAUAAAUAUUGUGCAAAGAAAUAAUUAAUUUUUAUAUAAAUUUUAUGAGGCUGAUAAUUCCAAAUAGUUACGAAAAAUGAAAUUAAAUCAUGAAAUUUUCUUACCCUUUAUAAUUAGAAUUUGUUAAAAUUCAUUGAAAAUUUGUGUGUUUGAUUUUGCUUGAUCAAACAUAUAUUUUAUAAAUGAGGUUGAGAUAUAAAUCGGAAAUUUGGGGAAAUGAUGCAAAUAUAAAAAAAAUUAUGUUUUAAUAAUUGGGUUGAGUGAAAAGUACAGAGAAAGAAAGAAUAUAUAUUGUUUUUAUUAUUUUCAUGCUAUUUUAACUUCGUUUCAAAGAAUAAUGAAAAAAAACAAUGCAAUGGGAAUUGUAUAAGAUAAAAAAUCAAUAUAUAUUUGGAACAUUAGGUCAAUGCAUAUCAUUCUUUCCCUCCAGACAGUUAUACGAAUAAUGGAACAUUAUGUUAAUUAUUACAAAAUCAUUAACAAAUUAAAAUCAUUUAGAUGUAGUCCAUAAAGGAUGAAUAAGUAAACAAAUGUAUAUUUACACAUGUAACUAUAUUUACUAACAGAUAGUUGUCAAUUUUGUACGCUUAAUUCGUGCAUAAGAAAUGUAUAGCUAGCAUUAUACUUUCAUAUCCAAUCAAACUGUCGUUACUUAUACUUUUUUAUUUUAUUCGUAUUGUUGCUAAUAUAUUUGUCAGUAUGAAUGAUGCAGUAAAUCAAAUUUUAUUGUACUGUCGUCAUUAACUUAAUUUCAAAUAUCAGACUACUAAGGAUACUAUACGUCGAUCGCAUUAUUGAAUUUUUAGAAAAAAAAUUUACAGAGGAGAACAGGCAGUCAACUAAAUACAGUUUUAUAAUGUCUGUUAAAGAAUUUUCUAAUCAUACAUGUUACUCACGUCUUAACGUUCAUCCUAUUCAAUAUCGAUGUAUUUUCAUUGUCUAUUUAACAUAACAUAACACAAAAAUCUUGAAAUUAACUUACUGUCUUUCUUAUGAAAUUUUAAUAUUUUAAAAAUUUUUAAAUAAAGAAGAUAAGACAUUAAUAAAUAGAAACAAAGUUUUUAAUCCAUCUUUUAUUAAAACGAAUUAAAUGUAAAGAAAUUAUAUAAAUUUUAAAAUAAAUCGUUAUUUUUAAAUAAUCACUCAGUAAAGUUUAACAAUAUAUAUAGUUUGGAGAUAGUUUUCUUUAAUUUUAGUCUAUAUAUUAUAAUUAUCUGAUAUUACGUCGCUAUUUAUCAUUGAAAAAAAGUAAACCAUCAGUGUUGUAGGUUUUUAUUUCAUAAAAAAAGGGCUAGGGUAUACAGAGAUAAGAAUAUUAUACAACAAUAAGUUAUACAUAUUGCAUAAUAUUAAAUGGCUUCCAACUAUAUAUUUUAUCAGUUUUUUGUUUUAUAUGACAGUGUUUUAAACGGAUCGGUAUCGUUCACAACUAGAUCUUACUUUUAACCCAACUGGUAGAACAGUGACAUAAUGUACUAAAAAUCCGAAUAAGCAAGAACUAAGAAUUAAAUCGAUUUUCAUAGCUAUAAUAUUUUUAUGUAAAAAUCAUAUUAGUACUAUUUAAUCCAAAAUACGCGAACUUACUUCUCAGCAUUGUAUAUAAAUGUUGAAUGUUUAUAUCUAAACCUUAACUUGUUAGCCGUAUUUUUAUGUUCAUUAUUACUCGUAUUUAAGAAGAAACAGCAUGCUAUGGAACAUUUGUACUUAUUGUUAGUAAACGUACCUCGCCUUCUAUGUUUGACUAAACUCGAAACUCUUAGAAUAUUUGAUUUAACUGUUUUCAAAGUAUAGAAUUAUGCAAUAACCAUAUAUCUUUACUUCAAUCUUGAUUUAUAUGUGUAUGCUUUUCGCAAACUCGAUGAAUUCAUUAAAAGAAAAAGAAAUCGAAAGUUAUACAAAACGUUCAUUAGCUCUUAAAAUUUCUCGAAAACACAAUCGACUUGAAAGAUUACAUAAGUAACAAUAUUUACCAUACACUUUUACAAAAGUAUGUCAAUAAUAUAAAAGUGUGAUUGUUUCCACUGGUACAGUGCCCAUCGAAAUGACUCUGUUAAUUAUAGUGCACCUUUUCCGGAAGUGCAUACAAAAAACACGGAGAAUAUGCCACCCACACAAGGAAAUUUUAUAUGUAUAUUCCAAAUUGAACACAACGUCUUUUAUAAUGUUCUCGUGUACUGUCUGAAAGCAGUCAUAAAUUUAAGAUACGAUAUACAAGCGAUUACAAUGCGACAUAUACAGUCAUGUGGCAAAAUCCUAAGAAACAGAAAAUAUUUCUAAAUUCUACGGUCCUCGUCUCUUUUUUUAUUGUUAUCAUUAUUAUUAUUUAUUAUUAUUAUUAUUUCGUUCUCUUUUAAUCUCGGAAAUCUUUCAUCUCUAAUGAUUUUUACCAUAAUCAAAUUCAAGUACGGAAAUUAUCAUCGUAAUGUAAAGCCUCAUCGGUUUGAUGGAAGAUCGGGCGGGAGGAUGUGUGAAGAAGCAAAGUUAAUGUUGCAUCCGACGAAGACCACGUUCCUUAUCGGAUCUAACAUUAAACACACGAAAUAUCAUACAUCAAACAUCCUUAAGCAUCCAUCAUGUCGUGCUUCCGUGAUUAAUUAAUAUUAACAAUCUAGUAUAUUGCUUUUAUGGAAUGCAAACCCGUUGGAUGCUCUAGACGAGUAUCCAUAGUAUUUCAUAACAUAAUAAGUGCGUAUCUUUUGUCGUGUUUCGUUUUACCAAGCAUUUUGUUUUGUUUUCUUUUUUAAUUAUUAUUAUUAUUAUUAUUAUUAUUAUUAUAAUUAUUAUUAUUAUUAUUAUUAUGGAGUUGUAACAUGAUUGUAGAGACGCUAUAAAAUAACAUUGAGGAUGAUGGCUUUCGUCUGCUACCAGUUGAGCGACAGAGAGAGAGAGAAAGAAUACAGUACAUUUAGAUUUAUUAUAAAAGCAAAAAAAGUGCGCCGAGAAAACUGUUAGCGCGAGAAAGGUGUAGCGAAAACGAUCGUGAUACGUAAUUAGGUAUAUAUAAAUAUUUAGGUAGACCAAUUAAUUUUUAAUGCGCGAUACUUUCGUACAGCGACGCAACGAUGUCUUCGAAUUCGUAGCUCUUCGCCGCUGUAAUCUGACAUAUAUAUAUAUAUAUAUAUAUAUAUAUACGUGCAUGUAUGUGUAUAACGCAUACAUACAUGAAAGUACAAGAGCCGUUGCUCUUAUUCAUAAACAGGGAGCGUACAAGUGAUAUAUUUUUUAUUAAAUUCAAUUGUACAAUAUCAUUCGCUUGUAUGAUUACGUUUACGAUAUCGUUAAAUACUGAGCUAUAUCUUGAAUUUGUUAAGAGCCCACUAUUAUACGUACCGGUGAUUUUAUUAAAAUUAAUUAUAAAUUUAUCUACGCCUCUACAUGUGUAAUGUUCGUUGCUACGAAGUGUAGGUUUACUUAGCGAUCUAUAAUAGAAACGAUGGAAUUUUAAAAGAAAAAAUGAGGGGAAAAGAUAAGUAGAACGAAUUCUAUGUCGUUACUUUCAUUGGCGCGUUUGUCAUUGCAUUAAUUUCGAAUGAUUAUUGUUAUCGGCUAGAUUCGCUCCGAAAUAAAGCGACUAUUUGGUAACGAUAUAUCAUGUUGCAAUACAGCAAUAACGAACCGCUAACAUUUUUCUCAGUGCCGAAAAAACAUCGUUACUUCGCAGCAGAUUUGCUGUAGUACGAAAGAAGCAAAUAUAAUAAGAGGAUAUAAUUUUGAAAGAGAGGAAAAAGAGAACGCGUGUGUGCAUGUGUGUAUGCGCGUGCGCGCGCGCACGUCUGUGUGUGUGUAACAUGGAGAGUAUAAUUUAAAAAAAGAAAUUUUUUAAAUGAAAUAAAAAUAAUGGAAAGAGAAAUAACGGAAAUGGUAAAAACCGUUCGCCGGACGACGGGCGCAAGGUCGAAACUGAAAUUUUUUAUAUGUAAUCAGUUUAAAUGAAUGUGAAUGGCGAAGAGGCGAAAUAAAGGAAAAAGCUCGAGACUCCAGUCGUGUUGCCCUGUUACAUCCUGAACGAUUACUAAAUUAUUGUAUCAUUAUUAUACAUACAUUGUACAAAAAGGUGAAACAAUUCGUCACAAAUGGAAUGAAAUUACGUACUAUACUAGGGUUCAUAAUAUCUUGUCGGUAAAAUGUGUGAACGUGGCUGCGUGAGGUAAAAAAGAAAAUGAAAAAAGAUACUAAAAACAGAAUGAGAGAUACGAGUAUGCAUGUAUAAAAAAAAAACAAACAUAAUUAACGAUAUUGCCUUGAUUUGUAAAUAAAAUUUAAUUACUUCCACUAAUGAAAUCUUCUCUGCGGAUACCGAGCGGGCCGCGAUCAGUCCACGCGGGCUCACCCUCUUCGAUUUCGUAUGUUUUUUACUAAAAAAAACCGCAAUUGAUUUUUUAACAGCGAGUAUAUUUUGUACAACAAAACACACACACACAUAUAUAUAUGUAUAUUAUAUAUAUGUAUUUUUUAAAAAACGUGGAGGUGAGCCCUGUGCAUCGUACCAGAAAAAUCAGCUAGAUUAUGUAAAUCUCCCAUCCCUCCGACAUGUCCAGUUUGCUCUGUGAUUCUGUGUUUAAUAAAAAAAAGCAAAAAAAAUAUAUAUAUUAUGUAUAUGUAUAUAUGUAUAUGUACAUAUACGCGUUUGAUAAACGAGUUCAAGUAGUUUUUGCAUGAUCCCCGUAUGAAAGUGUCCCCCAUUUACUGAUUGUUGUACAUUAUAUACGUACUUUAGAACAAUUUUUACAUUCACAUAUUCAUUUGUAAUAUUAAACGUUAUUAGAUUCUUGGAAGGAAAAUUGUAUUAUGGUUUUCAGUCUUAUAAAGAGGUAUGGUAAAUUUU